GCUGCGCUCACAACGGUUUCAUCAGUCGAAGUGAUCAGUUCAAGUGCAAGCAGCCAGUCGAAGUUUUCGGCCCCCAGUCGUGUCGUUGUCGAGGGUGGCGCAGAGAGCCUGGCUCAGUUUCCAAAAAGGGCGCGCGAGUGAACGAACCGCACCCCCCAGUCCACUAAAAUAGCCAGUGAAUAUUCGCGAAUGGUUUUCCAAUCGCUUUUAUGCAACUAUCUAUCCCAGUGAAUCGCAACUGUGUUUUUGUGGCCCCCGAGUGAAAUCCAAUACUAGAGCCAAAACCAAACGACGAUCAACGGCACUUUAAAGCCGUUUUAAUACUAAAACAUAACCGUAAUAUAGCCGCGUCCCAACCCACACUAUCGCAGAGAAAAACAUGGCGACUUCUGCUGCCGCGUCGUCCGUCUGCGCCAGCUGUGGCGCCGGCGCAGGUAGCCAUCGGAUUCUGCACAUUUACAGCGCGUGGGCGUUGAUUACGCUGCUGGCCGCCAGCGCCGCCAUCGUCCAGAGUGCCGCGGUCUCCUUUGGCGAUCUGCUAUCGCAUCCAACAUUCAAGCCGCUGUGCAGCGCCCAGCAGGAGCACUUCAUCGAGAGCGAUGGCAAGGAAUCUAGUCUCAUCAUCGAACUGAAGCCGGGCUCCUAUGGCGCCGAGCACCCCUCCUGCUCCCGCAUACUGAGUGCCCCGCCCAACUACGGCUUCAUAGUGCGCCUCAUUCUGCCCAAGCUACGGCACACUCAGCCGGACAGUGGUACUCCAUCCUCGAGCAUCAUGCCAGCAGCCAGCAGCACAGCGAAGCCCCGACGUGCACCUAAGACAAGUGGCCUGACGGAAAUGUCCACGCUGACGGACCGCCUCAACACAACGAAGGCCAUGACGACACCCCGGGUGGGGCGCACCUGUCCCCUGAACAUCUUCAGCUCGCUGGAUCCCCACACGGCCCAGUGGCGCGUCGACCCUUGCCAGCUGGAGGACACAGCCUCGGAGAUGGAGGAUCCCGUGCGGCUCUUCCACGGGCGGGUGAGGAUCGUGUGGGAGCACGGCCUGCACGCGCUGAGGUCGAAGCUGAUGGUCACAGUGCUGGGCAAGGGAGAGCAAUGCAAGGAUGCGAGCAAGCAUCAGUGCCUGAGGAUCGGGGACGAGCCCAUCCUGUGCAUCUCCAAGGAGCUGGCCUGUGACGGCAUCCGCCACUGCCCCUACAGCAACGAGUACGACAGCGACGAGGACUACGAGAUGUGCCUCAAGCAGCGCCGACCUGGUGCCAGCAAUCUGCCCGCGGGCCUGGAGUCGGACCUUUUCGAGCAGUUCGCCCUGGAAGUGUUCCGCAAUCUGUUCGCCUACGAUGCUCCAAUGGCGCCCGAGGAUCUGCCCCUCAACGGAUCCGUCGGCCUGGACAACUCAACAGCAACCACAACCACGACAACGCUGAGAAAAGUCCACACCAAAGACAUGAAGAAGCCGGGAGGCGAUGGUUCACCCAACUCCAUAGGUCCCAAUCUUUUGGAAGGGCAGGGAAAGUCGGAAAACGAUACAACAGAGUUGGGAGCGGGUUCCGGUGCGGGAACAGGAGCUGGAAGUGGCUUCACCCGCCGCAACUCGACUCGAACGGGCCUCCACUCGGACCUGUCCAAAUACGGGCCCUGGGGCUACCUAAUGCUCGGCAUGCUUCUCUGCGGCGGAGCCCUGCUCAUCUGCGGCCUCUGGGCCUCCGCAUCACAGCACGCGGUCAACAAUGAGCGGGAGGCGGCGCUGGCCGCUGCCAACGGCGGAGGAGGAGGCGGUGGCCUGGAUCAGCUGAACGCCGCAUCGCCGCCCAACUACGAGGAGCUCGACCCGCCGCCAGCCUACUCGGUGCUCUUUCCCAAUCAGAAGGCCGCUAGCAGCACUACGCUCGACCUGGAUGCGGGAGCAGCUAGCACUAGCCACACAACAACAGGAGCUGCAGCAGCAGCUGCAGCACCAGCGGCGACGGCUGCUCUAACUGGUGCAUCACCAGGCGAUCCUCAGCAGGCGAUGCAGACUAUGCAGACGCAGCAGGAAGAACAGCCAACGAACUAGAUCGUAAGCCUGACAGAAGGUAUCGCACCUGGAAUAACCAUAGAUUAGGUACCCAACAUCUCUCUGACUGACUCUGAUGCAAUUAGCUUAAAACCAAUUUAGUGAUAGAUCUAAGUGUAACUCGAUGUUGAAUGUUUGACUAUGCUAACCACUCCAACCGUCCUGCAUCUGUGCCGCGUCUGUCCAAGUCCGUCCCAAAGGCUGUUGACAGACCCAUUAGUUUCCAAUAAUUGAAGACAUAUGUAUGUAAUUGUAAAGCUGCCGCAGCAGCAGCAACUGACGAAUCGCUUGACUUUUGUAUUUCUGUUAAUUUAAAAUUUAAUGUGAUAUAAAUUUAAAACUCAAUAAAGAAAGAAAUGUGUUUAAGUAUGUACUCG